UCUCUCUCUAAAAAAUCAAACAUCAGAAUGAACGGAAUUUCUCUCUCUCUCUCCAAAAAUGCCCAGUGGAAAGUACAAUAUUUGACCACCACUUAUUUCAACGCCUCACGAUUUCCUUCCUAAACUUUAAAAUCGUAGCCUCCUCGCCGUAUGUUAAAGAAUCAGCUGACGUACGUGGUAGAGCCUUAUUGGCUGCUGCACUCCCAGCAUUCGAAUCUUUCCGAACAAAUUCGUCAAACAAUCCAUCACCAUUGUUUAGGGUUCCCUCCUCUCUCUCUCUCUCUCUCUCUCUCCACCCAAACGGCCAAACCGCGCCCCCCCCUCCCCCGGUCGGCGAAUUUUCCCGGGAAAGUUGGAAUAAGUUUCCCCGGAAAAUCUAGUCCUCCGAUCGGUCCCCUCUAGUCAAUUCAUCCGUUGCUCCAUCGGAAUUUCCAAUUCUCCAUUCCUUGUCGUCCAGCUGAAAUCGGCUCAACUUUGAAUUGCCAGGAAUUCGUGAUAAUGACCACGAGUCAAGGAGGUUCUUCAAGAAGAAGAAGUGUGUCGUUAACGAGCUCAACCUCUCAGGCGAAGAAGAAAGCUUCGGAGAAUGGUGACCUUGGCCCUGACGCAACACAAAAGUCUAUAACUUCUUCUCGUUCCAUGGGCCUAACCGGAGAGCGAACGGUGAAGCGAUUGAGGCUGUCAAAAGCCUUGACUGUACCUGAAACUACAACUAUCCAUGAAGCUUGCCGUCGGAUGGCCGCUCGUAGAGUUGAUGCUUUGUUACUGACCGACUCAAAUGCCUUACUUUGUGGAAUCCUGACAGACAAGGAUAUAGCAACAAGAGUUAUUGCUCGAGAAAUGAAUCUUGAGGAGACACCUGUUUCCAAGGUUAUGACUAAGAAUCCAAUUUUUGUACUUUCUGACACUCUUGCUGUUGAAGCCUUGCAAAAAAUGGUGCAAGGAAAAUUCAGGCAUUUGCCUGUUGUGGAGAAUGGAGAGGUCAUUGCUUUACUUGAUAUAGCAAAGUGUUUGUAUGAUGCUAUUGCACGUAUGGAAAGGGCAGCGGAAAAGGGAAAAGCCAUUGCAGCUGCUGUUGAAGGUGUUGAAAAACACUGGGGGGGAUCCAGUUCCGGUCCUAAUACGUUCAUAGAAACACUUCGAGAGCGGAUGUUUAGGCCAUCUUUGUCUACAAUCAUUUCCGAGAAUUCAAAGAUUGUGACAGUCUCACCAACUGACACAGUAUUAGCAGCAACAAAGAAGAUGCUUGAAUGUCAUAUAAGCUCUGCUAUUGUAAUAGUAGAAAACAAACCACGCGGAAUUUUAACGUCAAAAGAUAUCUUGAUGCGGGUAAUAGCACAAAAUCUUCCUCCAGAUUCUACUCUAGUGGAGAAGGUGAUGACCCCAAAUCCAGAAUGUGCAACUGUGGAUACCCCAAUUGUUGAUGCUCUGCAUACCAUGCAUGAUGGAAAGUUUCUACACCUUCCUGUCACUGAUAAAGAUGGAGUUGUUGUUGCUGUUAUUGAUGUACUUCAUAUCACUCAUGCUGCUGUAGCUACAGUGGGAAGCACUGCUGGGGUUACUAAUGAGGCUGCAAGCAAUAUGAUGCAAAACUUUUGGGAUUCUGCCAUGGCAUUAUCUCCUUUGGAUGAUGAAGAUACUCGAAGUGACAGUUCCUUGAAAUUGGCUUCUGAAGGUGGUGAGACAGCAAGAUCUCUUCCAUAUCCUUCAUCGAGUCUGCCUAGUGCCUUUGCUUUCAAGAUUCAAGAUAGAAAGGGCCGGAUGCAUCGAUUCAUUUGUGAUACACGGAGUUUGACAGAACUCAUAACCGCGAUUCUUCAGAGGGUGGGGGAUGACAUUGACCGCAACAACCUGCCUCAAAUUUUGUACGAAGAUGAAGACCAUGACAAGGUUGUACUUGCAUCUGAUAGUGAUCUUGCUGCAGCUGUGGACCAUGCCAGAUUAGCCGGUUGGAAGGGAUUGAAACUGCAUCUGGACUAUUCUGGAACAAGUGGUCGUAGGAGGGGUUCAUCGGGAUCUGGAGGUCUAGACUAUGCUCAAUCAGAUUCAUGGGCUUCAGCGUACAGUACUGUAGCUGCUGGGGCCGCACUAGUCACUGGGUUAGGCGUGUUCGCCUUCUUGAGGAGGGCUGGGAACUCAUAGCUGUUGAGUAUCGAACAGUAUGCAGGUGAAUUAUUUGGAGCAGCAGAAAACUGUUUCUCUAUGAUGACGAAAAAGGCCCAGUAUAAUUGAUUAGGAGGUAUUCUCUGUUCACCUUCUUGAGGAGGGCUGGGAACUCAUAGCUGUUGAGUACCGAACAGUAUGCAAGUGAAUUAUUCGGAGCAGCAGAAAACUGUUUCUCUAUGAUGACGAAAAAGGCCCAGUAUAAUUGAUUAGGAGGUAUUCUCUGUUUUUGUAGUUUCAUACAUACAAGGAAAUGUGAUUUUUCUUCUUCCCAUAGUGGUUACUCCAUGGUUUGGUUCCCAAAGUGCUAAGAAUUCUUUAUCACAGAGGUUGCUUAAGACUUCUGGAACUCUUAGUCUCUGUAAAUGAAUACAAUUGCAGCUUCAGAUAUUUUUAAGAUACGUCUCUCCGAGAA